UACGCCGAACACAAAUAGUUUGCGGUAACGGCUACACGGCGUUUUUUUUCAUUACUACUAAAUUGAUUCAUAAAAUCGUUAUUGAAGUCGAUCGAAAUCUCUUACAACAUUUACAUUUGAUCCGUUCUACUUCAUUCGGGUACGAACCAUUUAACAUAACUUUUAAAUUAUCAAAAUGAGUCGCAAAGAAGCGUUGACACAGUUCAUACAACAGAUCCAUGGUCGUCCAGUUGUAGUGAAGUUGAACAGUGGCGUCGAUUACCGAGGUGUUAUGGCCUGCAUUGAUGGUUACAUGAACAUAGCUCUCGAGCAAACAGAAGAAUAUAUAAAUGGAGAACUUAAAAACAAAUUCGGAGACUCUUUUAUUCGUGGUAACAAUGUUUUAUACAUUAGUACUCAAAAAAGAAAAGGAGCGUAACUUUUUUCAAAAAAUGUAUUCAAUACUUUUAAUUCCUAUGCUUACUUGUAAGAUUAGGUUUACACAAACAGUGCAUUUAUUUAUAUGUUUGUUUAAUAAAUAUUAAGCGUAAAUA